GAAUCGAUUGUGUUUGAUUUUGGCUCGGUGUGUUUUUCUGUGAAUUCUUCUUUGAAUCUGGUCAUGACGGUGAAUUCGCCCAAAAUUGAGGGUUUGCUGGGGAUGCUUACCAUUCGCUUGAAUGAUGAUAAUUUUGUCAAGUGGUUCUUUCAAUUUAAAUCAGUUUUUCAAGGUUAUGAUCUUUUUGACCACUUUGAUGGCUCCGAAGUUUGUCCACCGAAGUUUGUCAUUGAUACUGAGCUCGGUGUCACUACUGAGGUCACUGAUGCUUAUAAGAGUUGGAUUCAGACUGAUAAGGCUCUUUUGAGUCUCUUACUUGCUACCUUAUCUGAUGAUGCGAUUGACUAUGCACAAAGUGCUGAUUCUAUUGAAAAGUAUUUGCUUUGGAUUAAGACAACUCGUGACCAGUUAAUUGCGGCUGGAGAACGUAUUACUGAUGAUGAUGUGGUGAUCACUGCUCUUAAUGGUCUUCCUCAAGACUAUGAUAUGAUUCGCAUUGUGUUGUUUGCUCGUGAUUCCACCAUUGGUCUCACAGAUCUUCGAGCUCAGUUACUUAAUGCAGAGAGACAAGUUGAAAUUCGUAUGCAUGCUCUUUCUCAUUCUAUGAGUGCCAUGAUGGCUACGCUUGCUUCUUCUCAGCCUAAUUCUGGUGGUUAUAAUUUGGGUGGUGCAAAACUCUUUUCGCAAGGUUCCAGCUCAACUCAGGGUUCCAGCUCUAGACCUUAUAAUGGUUAUAAUGGUCCCCAGUUUCGAUCUUCUCCUCAGUCUGGCCGGUUCAAGUCACCUAGAUAUCAUGGUUCUCGAUUUUAUUACGACAAGCCCAGUUCUAACUCUUCUCGUUUCAAGCAACCAUGGAGUACAUCUUCUGGUUCUAAGCCUCAUGUUAUCCCAGAAUGUCAAAUAUGUAGUAAGCGGGGUCACACUGCUGCCAAUUGUUUCUAUCGCAAUACUGAUGAUUCAGACUCUUCUCCUGUUAUUCAGUGUCAAAUUUGUGGUAAAAAAGGCCAUGGUGCUCUUGAUUGCUACCAUCGAGCUAAUUUUGCAUUUCAAUGACAACCAGCACCAGCUUCUCUCCAAGAUAUGACUGCUCACGCACAAGGGUUUGAGUCUCAAGACAAUUGGAUUGCAGACACAGGAGCAACUCAUCACAUGACACGAAAUUUAUCUGUGCUUGAGAUUGCUACUCCAUAUGAUCAAGGUGACAAGAUAAUUGUUGGUAACGGAGAAGGACAAGGCAACAAGGGCAGUUCUUCUCAAGGGAAGGAGUAGCAAAGGCCUUUAUCAUUUUCCUAAAUCUCUACCAUUCACUCCUGCUUCUUCACCCACAGCCUUUCUUAGUCAGAAAAUAAACCGCAUCACGUGGCAUCAACGCCUAGGCCAUCCUACUAAUGAAGUACUUGUGAAGAUGUUGCACUCUUCUCAAAUAGUAUUUUCUCCCGAUUCUUCAUCCAUUUGCUCAGCUUGCUUAGGUGGUAAAAUGUUUAGGCUUCCUUUUCCUGUAAAUUCUGACAGAGUA